GACGGACGGAGCCGCGGCGGAGCCGAGAUCCCUAUCUCUGGCAGCAGCGCAGCAGCAAUCCCCGUCUCCCGGGCGAACGGAUAUUUUAAGCCCUUCUCUGCAAGAUGGCAACGCCGCGUGAAGCGGAGGAUCGAAUGCCUCGGAGCGGCAGCAAACGCGGGAGGGGUCGGACGGCGGCGGGGUACGGCCGUGGGCUGCGCUGCGCUCCACGGGGAGGGAAACUCCGCACACAAAGGAAGCGCUACAAGUGAGAGCUCCGGGGCUCGCGUGGACGCGGGCGGUGCGUCCCGGAGCAGCAGACAAAGCCCUGGCCCCGUCCCAACAGCGGCACGGCACGGCACGGCACGGCACGGGGAGGGCCCUCCGCCCCGCAGCGCUCACCGAGCCCCGCUGCCGCCGCUCGGCCGCUCUGCUCGGCCCCCCCCGACUCCCAUCCCCGCCGGCCCCGCAGCGCGGAGCUCCACCGCGUGCCCCGCACAGCCGGCCGGCCCCGCACCCGGCCCGCACUCACCGCCCGGCCCGGCUCCUCCAGCCCCGGCUCGGCCCGGGAUCUCCGCCGCGCUCCCGGCGGACACCUCGGCACGGCCCGCCCCGCCGCCCGGCACCACGGGAGCUGUAGUGCGGCAGCGCCGUGCGGGGGGGCGGUGCGGGAGCGGAGCUGUGCGGGGCAGCGCCGCGCGGCGACGGCGCGGCGGAGCGGCUGAGGGACCUUUCCGCCCUUCUGCCCUUCGGGGUCGGCGCUGUGCGCUGUGCGGUGCUCCGGUGUCGGCUGAUGGGUCCCCACCGCUUCGCUUUCGGCCGUAACGAACGCCCCGCGGUCGGUAAAGCGCCCCGCGACGUCCGGGUGUUUCUGCAGCGUGCGUCGUGUGGGAAGUAAAGUUAAUGUGUGGUGUGGCCGGAGAAGAAAGUGCUGCAGAGUUCUGCUGAGCAGCUCGGCACGCAUCUGCUGAAUGUGGUGCGUUGUGCACCUGCUUGCUGGCCGGCUUUAGCUAUCGGGAUUUAUUGGGAUGUUGGUUGGGAAUAUCGGGAUAAUGGCUUUCGCUCCUGGGAUUUCAGGUCCCCUGCAGAACUGUUUCGUGCUCUGAGGGAGGCGGUCAUCUCAGCGCCUGCAGCCCCGCAGUCGGCGGCGCUGAGCUCUGUGCUCAGUGACCCCCAGCCCUGCAGCUCCGUGCACGCACUGCACCACACGUGGCGGAGGGCCGGGGGGCUGUGGGUGCAGUGCUGCAGUGCUGGGUGCCAUCUGUCCCGGCCUUUGUCAGUGCAGCCAUCGCUGCUCACCACGUGCAUCCCUGGUGUGCAGCCAUCUGUGCAGGCUUUGUGCACGCUGAGCUCCUGCUGGGGAGCAGCAGAGGGUGCAGCACGGCUGAGCUGCUCGGUGGGGCGUUGUUUGGGCAGCCUUGGGGUUGCUCGGUGCUGAAGGCCCCCCCAGCUGACCCCGGUGCUGAGCUCCUCGUGCGUGCCCUCGUGGGCCAGAGGAUGGAUCCGAUGCAGCGCUGCUGCUGGGUGGGACCGGGGCAGCCUGAGCAUCACACACCACAUUGUGCUGCUGGCUGAGCACGGCUCUGCCUUCCCACAGCCAGAGCUUCCCCUGCCAGCUGCUCCUGGAGGGCCUCGGGCACGGGGGGACCUGGAAAACCCACCCGCAGCCUCUCGGUGCUGCAGGGAUGCUGUAGCGGAGGCGGGAUCCCGCGGGAGCAGCCCUGCUUUGCAGGGGAUCCACGCGCACGGCAGCUCUAUUUUUAUCCCCUCUCCUGCCUGACUGAGCAGCUCCCUCUGCGCGGUGACAUCUAAUUUAGCAGCUUCCCCACACCCCGCUGACUCUGCACGUGAGGGGGAAGCACAAUGCGGCGGCUAUUUUUAAACGCCCAUAAAUAUUAAUCCCGCUUGGUGAUGCAGCAGCAGCCUCUCUCACUGAUGGUGGGAGUGCUGGGGGGGGGGGGGUACCCACUCCCUGGGCUCCCCAGCCCGCAUUCACCCCCACGGGGAACCCCGGUGUUUGGAGGUGUGGUGGUCCUCGGGGGGGAUUCGGGCCCCCAUCCACAGCCCAGGCUGAUGCUUGGAGCGGUCCCUGUGUGGUGGGGCCCACACUCCCCUUCUGUUUGCCGGCCCCCCUGCCGGCUCGAUGCCGGCUCUGUGUAGAGCCGUGGUGGCAGGGAGGAGCUGGUGCUGGCUGAUUUUAGCCAGCCGUGCCGCUGCAGCAGUGGGAAAGGGUCUGCACAGGGCUGUGCUGCACUGCAGCCUCGAGUUUUUGGGCUCUCCGUGAUGGGGGAAGGCUGGAGACCUGGUGGCGUUGCUGCUGGGGAGGCUGGGGCUCCUCCAGCCAAGCAGGGAGACAUGAAUGCGCUCAGGCCCUGGGGGCAGCCAGUGGUUCCCCAGCACAGCCUGGGGCUCUGCUCCAGCCGCAGCCCCAGCGGUGGGGACCCCAAUCUCCCUCCUGCCGUUGCCGGAUGGGCGCUGACCCACACGGUGUGUGCCGACCUCCUCGCCCGCAGCCCCGCGCUGGUGGCACCGCACCGGGCCUGGCUCCAGCCGUGCUGCGCUCGGGGCGGCUGCCGUCAGGUUGUGUUGUGCUAAUGGGGCCGAGACGCAGGCCAGGCGCCUCGUAAACCGUUUAUCCUCCCCGGGCAGCGGGAGAGCGUCAGCGCACGGACUCUCCAAGGAGAACGGCGGAUGGGGCGCGGGCGGCCACCGGCGUCCUUGUAGGCAGCGCGGCAAGGGCACGGCCCUCGGCCCCACGUCCCCGGCGCCCGGUGUCCCGUAGGGCGUCCCGUAGGGGCGACCCCCGGUGCCAGCUGCCUGCUGGGAGCGACCCCAGCCCGGAGCACCGGAGCCCGGUAACGGCGGCCGCUCUCCAUGGUCCUGAGCCGGCCCCGGUGCCGGUCCCCUCGCGGCCCAUCGAGCCCCGGGCAGAGCGGCUCGCGGCAGGGCUGGGGGCCGCGCCGGUACCCGCAGGGCUCCGCCCGCCUCGCUGCCCGCCGCGGCUCGGGUUUCCCCGAGUAAGCGAUGCCGGUGCCGACGGGAGGCGGCGGGCGGGAGGGGGUCACGCUCCGUGGCGGAGGGGGGAGAACCGGGAGCGAAUCCCCCCUCUCUGGGGCGGUAGGGAGCGGGGGCAGCACUGGGCUGCGGGGAGAGGCGGGAGAGCAGAGCCCGGCUCCGGGCAGCGCCCUCCAGCGCCGUUCCCACACGGGGUCCCGGGGAUCCCGGAGGCUCCGCUGGUUGUGGCCGCCCCGAGCCCCGAGUCUGGGGGGUCCCGGACGCUCCCGGCGGGGUUCUCCCCGCGUCCCCCACGAAGGAGUCCCGCGGCUCAGCCUCGACCCGAACCGGGCGUGGAGAGGAGCCGGGGGCGAGGCGGGGGUGCCAGGAGCCGUGCAGCCCCCCCGGCGGGGCGGGCCGGGGGCGGGGAGCCCCGGGGAGGCCCGGCCGGUGGAGCCCGCCCACCGGCCCCGCCGCCGCCGCCGCCGGCUCCGGGCCCGCCGCGCUGCGCGGGGCGCGGCCGCUCCGGCCCGGGGCGCGGGGCCGCUCCGUCGCCGCGGGGUGCGCACGGCAGAUGCGCCUCCUUCAGCCCACGGCACCGCGGGUGAGAGCUGAGGGGCCGGUGGCUGCGUGACGGAGCUGGCACAGCACCAUGGCAGCGGCACAGCCCUCCGUCCUGCGCCCCACGGCCAUGUGGCUGCUGGUGCAGGGCGUCCUGCUGGCAUCCUGCCUGCGCGCCGCCGCCUUCCCCAGGGGCUGCUACCCCUCGGAGGAGGAGGGGCUGAAGACCUUCCGCUGCAGCAACGCGCGGCUGACCGAGGUCCCCAAAGACAUCCCCAACGACACCAACAAGCUCUACCUGGACUCCAACCGCAUCCCCUUCCUGCCCCGCGAUGCCUUCCGGGACCUGCCGCUGCUGCUGGAGCUGGACCUGUCCCACAACGCCAUCGCCGCCGUCGAGAGCGGGGCGUUCCGCGGGCUGGCCGACCACCUGCGCUCCCUGGACCUGUCCUCCAACAGGCUGGUGUCGCUCAGCAAGGACGUCCUCAGCAACGUGAAGGCCAAGGUGAACCUCUCCAACAACCCCUGGCUGUGUGACUGCCGGCUGCAGGAGCUGAUCCGCGCCGUGGACCUGGCGGCCGGCUCCUCCACCGGCAUCGUCUGCGGCUCCGCGUCGCAGGAGGAGCACGUGGGCAAAGCCUUCCUGCAGGUGAUCGCCGACACGGACUUCUGCAACGUGUACAAGAAGACGACGGACAUUGCCAUGCUGGUCACCAUGUUCGGCUGGUUCGCCAUGGUGAUCUCCUACCUGGUGUAUUACGUGCGGCAGAACCAGGAGGACGCGCGGCGGCACCUGGAGUACCUCAAAUCGCUGCCCAGCAAGCAGCGGCACUCGGAGGAGUCGUCCACCAUCAGCACUGUGGUGUGAGCGGGGCUGGGGGCGGUGGGACGUCGUCGUGGCAUUCCUGGGGAGCGGUGUCCGACGGGGGCAGCGCGGGGACACGGCCAUGGUGGGGAGUGAUGGUCGGUUCUCGGUUGUUGGUCGCUGGCAACGGGCACAGAGAGAGCGGGGAGAAAUGAGUGCGCCCCCAGCACGUGGCACCGCUCCGGACGGUGGGACUCGAUAUGAAACUGAUUUCCUUCGCAGCCAUCCCCGGGGCGUUAACGACGUUGGGUGUUUUAACCCCUCCGGUUUACCCUCUGCUGCCCUGGGGAUGUUCCUGGAGCUGCGGGGUGGUGGGGGGUGCGGGCUGUGGGCUGCAGCCCAAUGGGAUGGAUGGACGGGGGUGGGGGGAUGUGGCGGUGGGGAAUGGCCCCAGCUCCCAUCUGCUGAGCUGGAGCUGCCGCCCCAUCGCUGCCCUCAGCCGGAGAUGGGCACCGGGGGUGAAAUGGGGACCUCCCCCUCUGAGUGUUACGGUGAAAAUGGGAUCAGAGCCCCCGGGCUGCGCCCUGUGCUGAGGGCGGUGGGUGCUGAUGGGGCUCUGAGGACACACGGGGUCGGUGCUUUGGGUCGGUGCACCCCACUGCGGCUCCGCUCUCUCUCAAGGACUCACGGCUGCGACCGCUCACUGUGACAGCGCUGGGAUGGGGCCGAGGCGGCCGCUCCUCCGCUUCCUCCCACUCCCUGCGCCGCUGCCAGGAGCCCAAACGUCCCCUCGGCCCCACAUGUCCCUUUUUGACACUCUCCGUUGGGCUCCUGGGGUCGGCAUCAGGGAUGGGGCGCGCAGGGUCCACACGGAGCCUUGGGGUGAGGGCAGCCCACGCCUGCCCGUCCGGCUCCUGUCUCUGGUUUUGUCCUUUUUUAAACCAACUGAAGCUCAACUGCCUUAACUCACCGAGAGCACCAACCAAAGCUGCUCCAACACCUCCGGCAGCGCCCGCCCCACACAUCUGGGGCCGGCAGGGCUCGGGCCCCCUCCAUCCCUCCAGCGCCCGGUGCCGAUGGAUGGGGCUGUGGGGAGCGGUGCCCGCGCCCUCCACAAGUGCCUACACCCCCAGCACAGCCCCAACGCACAAACGCCCUCGGCCCGACCCUCUGCCCCCUCCCCGUGGUGGAGCACAGGGCUGCAGGGAACCGGACCGAGCCCCCGGGGCACCAUCUCCCGAGGAGUGUUUUGUUUAAGGGACCUUUUAUGUUCUUACUUUAUAUGACAAUAAAUUGGCUUUUACUUUGGA